UCUGCUCUUUAAUAUGCUGUCUAGCUUGGUCAUAGCUUUUCUUCCAAGGAGAAAGUGUCUUUUAAUUUCACGGCUCCCCCAGUUUAUCUGGUCUGUAAAUUUAGACCCUGUGAAAUUAGGGUAUCUGGAAGAGGCACGCCUAAACCCUGGUGCCCUUCCAAAAUGCACGUGAGUGCCCUCUCCUGCUCUGCCCGGCUUCCGUGGUUCUAGUGAGUUGUCUGAACACUGAACUGUCCUUCUGUGAAGAUGAAAGAACAUAAUUGUGUGUAUUAACUGCCACUUGUACGGGAAAAUGGGAAAACUGCAGUAUGGUCUAAUUUUUAUUUCUUCCUUAAGCCCGGCUUGGGUUUGGGUGGGUAAUUCUCUGAAAUCUCAAAAACAGUGUUUUCUUUUGGAGAAUGUUGUUUGGAGAGAGGCUUUUAAUUUCAUCCCUGCCUUUGUCUCUUUAACUGUUUUUAGCUGUGGACGUGGUGGUUUGUUGAGCUCGGAGGUAAUCGCAUGUUUGCUUAGUUGGAAGAAGGCCAAGCCUCUGUUAAUUUUUUGUUUCCCUGAGAGUGACCGGUAAAAAGUUAGGGUUUAUUUUUGUUGUUGUUGUUGAAGUAUCUAUGGAAAUUACAGGAUACAGGUUACACAAAGCUCUUAACAAAGCUUGCCUGAAAUAAAAGCGGAUCUGUGUUUCCGCCAAGCUUACUCCUAAGCCUGUCCUGGCCUUUGUACCUUUUAACACGGUUGCAUCUUGGCUGUUGCUCUUUGCACGUUCAUGAGUGGUGUUUUGGGCAGGGAGCCUGGUGUGGGAACCCAGAGCCAGUUUGCUGAACUGCCAUCGUCCCAGCCCCACGAGCAUCUGGGAAGGUCUGUGGGUGCCCCCCCGUGCCAGCCGAGGGGAGGCAGCCCUGGAAGCCGUUCUCAAGAACUUUUGCCCCAGGUGUAAAAGACUCCAGCCCUGCAAAGAUGCUGAAACAGAUCCUGUCGGAGAUGUACAUAGAUCCUGAUCUGCUGGCAGAGCUGAACGAGGAACAGAAACAGAUCCUGUUCUUCAAGAUGAGGGAGGAGCAGGUCCGCCGCUGGAAAGAAAGAGAAGCAGCGAUGGAAAAACAGGAGUCCUUGCCAGUGAAACCCAGACCAAAGAAAGACAACGGCAGAUCCGUUCACUGGAAGCUGGGAGCCGACAAUGAGGUCUGGGUCUGGGUGAUGGGUGAACAUCACCUGGACAAACCCUACGACGUGAUCUGUGAUGAGAUCCUCGCGGAGAGGGCGAGGCUGAAGGCCGAGCAGGAGACGCCGGAGCUCAGAAAAGCUCAGCCUGGAGAGCUCAGCAGCAGCUCGAAAUCAAAGCUGCCGUCCUCCGAGGGGCGGGUGCCCAGUGCCUGGGAGACCGGGAACGUGGGCGACAAGGCGGCAGAGGCGGGGACGCCGGGCCGAGGCUGCGGGCCGGCUGCACCCCUUGCAGAGCAGAAAGCGCCCCUGUCCUCCAGCUCCUCAAGAAAUAUUCACCAAAUGUUGGCAGAUUCUGUCAGUCGAAUAAAGGAAUUCGGAUUUCACCAGAAGAAAGUGUCAGUGAAGAAAACACAAGAUGAAGAAAUAAAACAAAUAGAUGAAGAGAGAACCAAGGAGAUUUAUAAAAACUGGAAAGAAGAUUCAGAGUGGCAGGCUUCUUUGCGAAAAUCCAAAGCCGCUGAUGAGAAGCGGCGCUCCCUGGCCAAGCAGGCCCGGGAGGACUACAAGCGGCUGUCGCAGCGGGGGAGGAACAGCAAGGGGCAGCAGGGCCCCCCGGGCGGCCCCCAGAAACCCAAGAGGCCCCCGCUUCCCCCCAAGCCUCAUUUCCUGAGCCCAGCAGGACAGCCACACACACCUCUCAGGAAUCAGAGAGUGACGAGGCCGGCGUCCAGCCCAGCCCAGGAGGACAUCAGGAGCUGGUUCCGGGAGGAGCAGCUUCCUCUGCGGGCGGGCUACCUGGCGGACUCGGACAGCAUCGCCCCCUGGUUCCACGGAAUCCUCACUGUAAAUAGAGCGAAUGAGCUUCUGAGCACCUGCGUGCCGGGCAGCUUUCUGAUCCGGGUCAACGAGAAGGUCAAGGGCUACACCUUGUCCUACCAGUCCGAGGAUGACUGCAAACACUUCCUCAUAGAUGCCUCCUCAGACUCAUACAGCUUCCUGGGCGUGGACCAGCUGCAGCACGCCAGCCUGGCCGAGCUGGUGGAGUACCACAAGGAGGAGCCCAUCACCUCCCUGGGGAAGGAGCUCCUUUUGUACCCCUGCGGUCAGCAGCAAGAGCCGCCCGACUACCUGGAGCUGUUUGAGUGACAGCCCUGCAGCCAGCAGACCCCGCGGCACACACGUGAGAAGCCACAGCGAGCCGACCCCGACCAAGUGAAAGGACCCUUGAGGUCCCAUAAAGAUCUCUGCACGUGUGCUGGAGUUUCACGCCAAGAGGGAAUCACCUCCUCCACGCCAUACAUGCUCCAGCAGUAAAGGGAGACGAACCCGCAAUUCCACAGCUCCUAACACGAAGGCCACGACACUGACGACGUGUGAAACAGACCAAGAAACCGGUACCUCGUAGGAAUUAAGCGCGAGCGAAAUCGCUUUGGUCGUGUCCGACUCUGUGCGACCCCAUGGACUGUAGCCCACCAGGCUCCUCUGUCCAUGGGAUUCUCCAGGCGAGGAUACUGGAGUGGGUAGCCAUGCUCUCCUCCAGGGGAUCUUCCCGAUCCGGGGAUCAAACCCGCAUCUCUUACAUCUUUGGCAUCAGCAAGCAUGUUCUUUACCACUAGCGCCACCUGGGAAGCUGGUCGGAAUAAAGGGACACCUCAAAACCAGACUCUCCUGCGGCCUCACGGGAAGGUCUCAGGCUCCUGUUUAGGUGAGGUUCAGGUGGCACUGGGGGCUGAGUCGACCACUCCCACCCACCUCACUGGGCGUGUGGCAGCCAGGGUGAGGGACACACAGGGAGCACGAGCUGGAGACGGGGUGAACUGAAUGCAGCAUUUGAAGGUGUCAGAAGAGGGGCUUCACCUGGACAGAAAUACCCUGGACGAGGGCAGGGGGCGAGGGACUGUGUGUGAGGUGGUUUCCCGGCUCUGGGGGAGCAGGCAGGGCUCCACCCAGGACAGAGAAGGGGGAAGCCCUGCGUGUGACUGGUGUUGGCAGACAGAGCAGGGCAUUUGGGGGAGCGCCCUGGACACCGUGUGUCCUGGGAUGAGACCUCUCCCCUGCACCUGAACCUGACCUUAUUUGAAAACAGGGUCUCUGGGGCUGAGGUCAGACCAGAUGAGGGUGGGCCCAGGGCCAAGGGCUGGCAUUCUGACAAGGAGAGGGGGCUCUGGAAGCGGAGGCACACGAGGCAGAGCCGUGAGUGAGGAGCUGCAAACCCGGGGACAUGGGGUCCCGCAGGGCGGCUGGAGCCCCCCUCUCCAGGGCCCUGGGGACACCUCAGCUUCAGACUUCUAGCCUCCAGGACUACGAUGCAAUAAAUGUCCUUUUUCAUAAGCCACUGAGUUUAUGGUAAUUUAUUACAGGAGAGCCCCAGGAAAUGAAUACAGACAUUUACAUCGUCACAGACGCUGACAUGCACUAUGUACCCGUGGUCACUAUUCAGCAUGCCUGCCUCCUAACGAAGGGAGAGCAGGAUAACCCAGGGGAUAACCUCCCCUGGCAAUUCUGGCAGAUGUACUGGGUCAGGCACCUCCUGCCCCACUGAGCCCAC